AUGAAGGGAGCCGUAUUCGCUUUACUUUUCGUUACCGUAAUUGCCACCAGCUUGGCUCAACUAAGUGUUACCAAUACAGGAUGCACUUGCCCCAAUAUCCUAACCGGCGCUAUCAAUUUCCUCAACCAAAUCCAGACGAGUCUGUCUCCCUUGUUGACCCAAUUGGGAGGUUUGGGUGCCAUCAUUAACGGUUUCAUCAAUUUCUUCAAGGGCCUUCUCACCAACCUCGGUAACGCUUUGUCCGGCGGAAACAUCUUAGCCGGAGCGCAAAACUUCAUCAACUGCCUUUUCGGCAUUCAUUAA